CUGGUGUUAUUUCAGUGAUCCGCAGCUCGGUCCCUCCGCAGAGCUCUGGCUCUACAGCAGCGGCAGCAGCGCUCUCGGCUCUCGGGACGCGGAGUGAGCGGCGGCGGCUCCCCAUCCUGCCACCCAACAGCACGGGCACGGAGCGGGAGGGGACCUCUACCCGAAUCAUUUUUGAAUUUGAAGAAGAACAUCGAAGCCACCGGGCGCUCAUACAUCUUCUUUUUUUUCUUCUUUUUUUCAUUUUAGUUUUUUUUGUUUGUCUUUGUUUUCAUGAGUGAAAUACUUUAGAGAUGGCUUCAUCCGUGAGCGGCACAGAGGAGGUCCGGGUGUCGGCGUUGACGCCCCUGAAGUUGGUGGGACUGGUGUGCGUGUUUCUCGCCCUGUGCCUGGAUGUCGGGGCGGUGCUGAGCCCGGCGUGGGUCACGGCGGACGACCAGUACUACCUGUCCAUGUGGGUGUCCUGCUGGAAGCCCGUCAGCUCCGUGGAGUGGUCCUGCAACAGCACGCUGACCACCGACUGGCAGAUCGCCACACUGGCCCUGCUGUUGGGGGGAGCGGCCCUCACCCUGCUCUCCUUCCUCGUGGCGGUGAUCUCCCUGUGCCUCAGCUCCAGGAGCCGCUGCUACAAGCCCGUGGCUGUCAUGCUGUUUUCUGCAGCGGUGCUCCAGGUGUGCAGCCUGGUCCUGUUUCCCAUCAAGUUCAUUGAGACGGUCAGCCUGAGAGUGUACCACGAGUUUAACUGGGGCUACGGCCUGGCCUGGGGAUCCACCAUCUUCUCAUUCGGGGGAGCCAUCCUCUACUGCCUCAACCCCAAGAACUACGAAGACUACUACUAAAGUACGCACGACAAGAGCAGAAACUGAGACUCUGUUUCACCCAGCGUCCUCUCGGUGAUAGGGACUUUUCUGUUUGUUACACAAGGCGCAAACCACAGACUAGAAAAAUAGGGAUAAAUAAACAAAAGCUUACUGUUAGUUUCAGGACUGGAAAUAAGCUCUUUCAUUUGAUACUGUGAACUACAUGUCUCAAAGACUCUCCUCACUCACUGGACCAGAGACCUGUGCUCUUUCAUUUUUGGCACCAAAUGCAGCCGUGAUGAAGAAAUCCAAACCAGACUGUUUAAUUUGUGAGAGAGUGUCCUUGUCCCCUUUAAGUGGGACUCCAGUAGGUCUGUAGGGAACAGAUGGAUUCACUGACCCCACACUGGGACGAAUUGUGGUCUAAUUAACCAAUCCAAGCAGAGAAAGGCACAGAGUGAUUUCAACCCGGGCCAGUCAGGGAAGAAAUGGAUCCAGGGAGGAAGAUUUCCUACUGAGGUGAUGACGGGACGAAAUAAAGGAAAUGCGACAUGCUGCGUCUCUGUUAGAGAUACAUGACGUCUUCUUCCUCCAGCAGUGGAAUAGCUUGGUGAAAAACAUGUCACAAAGCUCCAAAGUACUGGCUUGAUUCUCCUCCUGCAGCUCAGCGAUACUCAUAAUAAACAGAGGACAGUAAAAACAUUCCACAGCCACCUUCGAAAUGACAUCAGACUCAUGAGAGGAACAUGCGCUGGUUAAUGAACAGCACAUAGUCUGUCACAUGGUCAAAACCUGCUAAUGUUAAACCUGCAGCAUAACCCGAGUUAUACCCCGCUUUUUUUACUCAAGCUGUUGUACUAUAUGUAAGUAUGUGAAGUAAGCAGAAUAUUCAUUCCAGGCCCCAGUGGGAAGGAAGAUGGUGAAUGACCAUGUCUGCCGAGUGUGUGCGCAUGUCUGCAUGAUCAUACCACCCAGCAUGUGCUUCCACACUUCCCCAUGUGAUGCCUCCUUAUCUUCUCACCCCGUAGGAACCUCUCACGGCAGAAGUAAACACCACAACAGUAGGUUUUUUUUCUGCUUCAGAUGAGGAUGUAGCAGAAAAUCAUUGUAGUUCUUGCAUCUAAAUUAAAAGGUCCACGGUUAAGCAUUUUAGGAGCUGUGCUGUGCAUGAGUAGUGUUAUGUCGACUUUGGGAUCGAUACAGAAGAAAAGAUGACAUUUUGAAACCUGGUGGAGGACAGAGGUGAGACUUACAGUGGUGGAAGACCUGCUCCGUUCACCUUGAACCUCACUAUAAAAGUAGUCAGAAACAUUCCAGCGCCCUCUUGCAACAUUAGUGAGAGUGAUAAGAGCGAGCGAGUGUACGCAUGCCACUACCAUUUACUGCUGUGUUUCUGAUUCCCACUGGUUUGAUUACUAACACAAUAAACAUAUAUUGGGGAGAAAAAAAAAUGUGCGUUUGGUUCAUCCGUUAAUAUGAAAAACUAUGCAGACAUGCCAGCUGUGCGUGGUCAAGUCACAUAGAAUCAGCUCCUUUAUUAAGUACAGCAAGUUGAGGCAUUUGCACAGGAAAUCAACAUCAUUUGAACACAUGAUACAGGGUGGCAUAAUAUGCAUAAAAGUACCAGGAAUAUACUCCUAUGCAAGUGUCUUUAGUGUUCUUCUUUCAGUGAAAUGAGCUCUAAUACAGAGCCAGAUACAGUGUACAGUCUACAUUUCGCAUUAGUCAGAACGUAUAUACCA